AUGGUUCAGGGACUUGGGUCUGAUGAGAGUAUGCUCUUGAAUGGCAUUAAUGAUGAUGGAUUCUCUGUUUCGGAGGAGUUUCCGAACCCUCCGCCGUCUGACUAUCCGGAUUCAAUGAACAAUGCUGGUUAUGGGUAUCAGAGCUCAGAAGAAGGUACCUCUAAGAGGAUCAGACUCUCACCAGAGUUCAAUCUACAGGAAGAGAAAAUCAACUUAUGUGAACGGAGGAGUCCUCUUGGAUUGAAAUUGAGAAAGACACCAUCAUUUGUUGAUUUAAUAGAGAUGGAGUUAUCCCAAGCAAGGAAAACAGUCUUGAUGAACAAUGACAAGCCACAAGCAAAGACGGAUGAUUUUUCAUCUCAGCCAAUAUCUGAGAAGCUUAAGGCUUCAAACUUCCCUGCAUCGUCACUUAAGAUUGGCUCUUGGGAGAGAAUUUCCAGGCAUGAAGGUGAUUUGAUAGCUAAAUGUUACUAUGCUAAAAGGAAAUUGGUGUGGGAAGUUUUGGAAGGUGCAUUGAAGAGUAAGAUUGAAAUCCAAUGGGCUGACAUUUCGGCGAUUAAAGCUACUAUUGGUGCUAACCAACCGGUGGUGGAUGUCACGCAGUUGAACCAACCACCCUUGUUUUUUCAAGAGACUAAUCCCCAGCCACGGAAGCACACCAUUUGGCAAACAUCAUUAGAUUUUACUGGUGGUCAAGCUCCCAUUUACAGGAGGCACUGCGCUAUCUUCCCUCCUGGGGCCCUUGAUAAGCCCUAUGAGAAGCUUUUGCAAUGUGACCAGAAGCUACUAAUGUUGAGCCAAAGACCUUUCCCAAGUCAGGAAUCUCCUUACUUCACCUCAAAUACCUUUGGAUUUACGGACUUCCCUUUGGAGUUCAAUGGAUGCACUCCAGUGGUUGCUCCUGCAGGACUUGGUCUGCAAUAUCCUUUCGCGAAUUUUGCUUCACAUUUAGUUCCGGAUCAGCAUCAACUAGACAAGUUCAGGGCAAUGCCAGCGGAUCUCGGUGUCAUAGAUUCAGAUUCACCAAUGUCAGUUAUGGACUUUCACCGACUGGAUAAGAAAGCCAGCAAUUACACGUUUGGGAAUCAAAGUACAGGAUUUGGGGAUACUCAAGGAGGAAUCAACAUUAUCAACAAUUUUCCGAAGGGAGCUCAGAUUCGAGGAUCAACAUCUAUUGAUUUGAGUGCACAUUCCAAUCCAGCUUUUUAUUGUCAGGGUUAUAAUCUAUUGAACCAGGGGGAAGCAACAGGAAUGUAUAGUACUCCAAGCAGUGGAAUACUAGUUCAAAACCAUUUGCAAGAUUACCCCCAAAACGUAUUCUCUGGUGAUAAAACAGUGGUUGGGUUGAACCACAGAAAUGAGGAUGGCACAAAUCACUUGGAAUAUCAACAUGUAAGACUCACCAAUGAUCAGCUGAUGUUGGAUACUACUGAGCCUUUAGGACUAGAUGGUGGACUACCUUGCCCGACUCCCGCUUGUUGGCUGCCUUCUCAAUAUUCUCAUGGAAAUGUGACGAUGCUUCCACCAACGAACAACGUGUGGUAUCCAAGCGUGUUCCCAGAGCAAACAGAGGAAGAAUUUGGAGCUGUAGACUCCACCCAAGAGAUUCACCAUUGGAGAUAA